AUGCCGGCAGUUCUUCUAAGGCAGUAUCGAAACGAGACACCGCCGAUUCUAUCCCUGGCACCGCGGGAGUCUUCCACAGACUGGAAUUCGUGGACAUCAGCGCAGCAAGGAGGAGUCCUCGCGGCUUCCCUGCUGCUGUUCCUCUUCUUCUUUGGCCUGGGUACUUUUCUCUGGCAACGUCGUCGCGAAAGGAAACGAAAGGAGAGACGGGCAUUAAAGUCAAGGAGCCGAGGAAGACGUCGCCAUUCGAAAAAGCGCUCCGGACCAGACAACACAUCUCCACCACGAAAGAGACGGAGGACAAAGCCAGUCAAGCCCAAGCAAAUGGAAGAAGAGACAGAGGAGGAUAAAUUUCUGAUGAAGGGGGCGGUAGAAACGCCUAAAAAGACGACCAGGAAGCAACAGCCGACUGAGAACCAGGACACGCCGGACAAAGCGGGCGAUGAUGCAGACCAGUUAGAAAACAGCACGCCUAACGAAUCACUCGACAGAGCCAACCUGCGGCUAAAGAGAAGAAGAGAGAGAAGACGCGAGGCCCGUCGUAGAGCGGCUUCGGGGUAUCCAUCCUCUGCCAGAGCAGCUCUCAGGGGCCGCUCGAACGCUGCGGCGAGGCCAAAGCAAGCGCCAGAAACACCAGAAAGGAGUUCGUGA